AUGGUGCAAUCUAGCCAACGAACCUCCAAUUCUUACGUAGUUAAACGAGAUGGACGACACGAGGCUGUUUCUUUUGAUAAAAUUGCUCGCCGAAUUAUGAAACUGUGCUACGGCUUAAGCCAGGAUCGAGUAGAUCACAUCGAAAUAUCGCAAAAAGUGAUUGCUGGCCUAUACAAAGGUGUAACGACUGUUGAACUGGAUAAUUUGGCUGCGGAAAUCGCUGCUGACAUGAUAACUAAACACCCAGACUAUGCAACUUUGGCAUCUCGAAUUGCUGUCUCUAAUUUGCAUAAGAAAACUGAAAAAUUAUUUUCGAAGGUCUCAAAAAGACUGUACAAUGCUACACAUCCGAAAUCUGGUCGACAUAUGCCACUGAUUAGCAAGAAUAUAUUCGAUAUCAUUCAAAAUAAUGCAGAUAUUCUGGACUCAGCAAUAAUUCAUGAACGUGACUUUUGCUACACAUACUUUGGUUUGAAGACUUUAGAACGUUCUUAUCUUCUGCAAAUCAAUGGAGAAUUGGCCGAACGUCCGCAGCAUAUGUUAAUGAGGGUUGCACUUGGGAUUCAUGGUGACAAUAUUGAGGCUGCUCUUGAGACUUACAAUUUGAUGUCCGAAAGAUGGUUUACACAUGCAACACCGACACUCUUUAACAGUGGUACCUGCACACCGCAAAUGAGUUCGUGCUUCCUGUUGACGAUGUUUGACGAUAGUAUUGAAGGCAUAUUCGAAACGUUGAAGAAGUGUGCACUGAUUUCAAAAAGUGCUGGUGGUAUUGGCUUAAAUGUGCACUGCAUACGUGCCACUGGCUCGGCAAUUGCUGGAACAAAUGGCGUUUCAAAUGGCUUGGUACCUAUGCUUCGGGUGUUUAAUAAUGCGGCGCGGUACGUCGAUCAGGGUGGGAAUAAGAGGCCAGGCGCUUUUGCUGUUUACUUGGAACCGUGGCACGCGGACAUUUUCGACUUUUUGGAACUGAGGAAGAAUGUGGGUGAUGAACUUGAGCGUUGUCGUGAUUUGUUUUUCGGUUUAUGGGUGCCGGAUCUUUUCAUGGAGCGUGUACGUGACGAUAAAGUAUGGUCGCUAAUGUGUCCUGCUGAAUGUCCCGGCUUGGAAGAUUCGUGGGGCGAGGCAUUCGAAAAACUAUAUAUGCAGUAUGAAGAAGAAGGUCGGUACAGAAAGCAGGUACCUGCUAGAAAACUGUGGGAAACAAUCGUUUCUACUCAAAUAGAAACUGGCAUGCCAUAUAUGGUUUACAAGGAUACGUGCAAUCGAAAAACUAACCAGCAGAACUUGGGUACCAUCAAAUGUUCCAAUUUGUGUACUGAAGUAGUUCUGUACUCGUCUCGUGAAGAGAUUGCCGUGUGUAAUUUGGCAUCUAUUGCACUUAGCCGUUUUGUUUCGUCAGAAAUGACAUUUGACUUCAAAAUGUUGCGUGAGAUCACAAAAGUAGUUGUUAGGAAUUUGAACAAGGUCAUCGAUCGCAAUUAUUAUCCAGUACCGGAAGCAGAACGGUCUAAUAAGAGACAUCGUCCGAUUGGCAUUGGUGUUCAGGGCCUGGCUGAUGCCUUCAUUCUUAUGCGAUAUCCAUUUACUAGUGAGAAAGCUCGUGAUCUUAAUAAGCGAAUUUUUGAAACGAUGUAUUAUGCAGCACUUGAAGCUUCUUGUGAACUUGCGAUGGAACAAGGUCCGUAUGAAAGCUACGAACGUUCGCCUGUUAGUAGAGGAAUUUUACAAUUCGAUAUGUGGGGCGUGACGCCGACAAAUCAGUGGGAUUGGGAAACUUUGCGUAAAAAAAUUGCAAUGUACGGCAUCCGGAAUAGCUUAUUAUUAGCACCAAUGCCUACUGCUUCAACCGCGCAGAUACUUGGCAACAAUGAAAGUAUUGAGCCUUAUACCAGUAAUGUGUACACUCGUAAUGUCUUAUCCGGAAGUUUUCAGGUCUUCAAUAUGCACCUUAUGAAUGAUCUCAUGCGCCUUGAUUUAUGGGAUGACGAUAUGAAAUUAGAAAUAAUUAAAAAUAAAGGAUCGAUUCGGAAUAUUGAACGCAUUCCACAAGAAAUCCGAGAUCUUUACAAGACAGUUUGGGAAAUGUCGCAACGAGAUAUUAUUGAUAUGGCUGUUGAUCGCGGUGCAUUUAUCGAUCAUUCGCAGUCGUUAAAUAUAUUUAUAGCACGUCCCAAUUACGGCAAUAUUACCAGCAUGCACUUCUAUGGAUGGCAGAAGGGCUUGAAAACUGGAAUGUAUUACUUGCGCACGAGACCAGCAGUUGAUGCAGUACAAUUCACUGUUGACAAAACUCGUCUCAAAGACUAUGCUAACGCUAAUGCAGAUGACGGUUCUAAGUCAGGAUCUAGUUCUAUUCCUGGUUCUGCCAUUGAGUUGACAACAAAAAUGAUGGAGUGUGCGGUUAACAGUGGAGGUAGCUGUAUAGUGAUUUGGCGAAGAUAUGCGGUGAUUCGCGUUGAAAAAGGAACUGAUGUGAAUCAUGGGUAUUCCGGUCAUCCAGGUUUUAUGUUAUUGCAUUUGGAUGGCAAAUUUCGAGAUUUAAGUGAAAAUUCUGCCAAAAUUAAAUUUUUCUUAGAGUUGGAAAGUUGGUACGAUGAGGAAGAACUAUUUCGACUCGUGGUCGCAUUUGGGCGGCAAAUGUCACGCCCAUUAGCGCGCAAAAUUAUAGCUUAUGCAAUAAAGCAUCCAUAUCUUAGAAACAGAAUUCUUAUUCCGAUGGGCAGAAGUUUACAUGCUAUUUCAUUUCGUUUACGGAUCAAAAGUAUAGGCCUUGCUGUUCCAUCUAAAACACCAACUGUAACCGAACAACAGGCAAUCGAAAUGGCCAGCGAAACGCUUGUAGAGGCACUAAUUUACGUGUCAACUGUAUUACUAAUAUAUGCAAUUUACCGAUCAAAUCCAGAAAAAGCCAAGGCCAGCGAUGUAGAAAAAUACGUUAAAGAAAACGAAGAAAGGAUAGCAAAGUUUGAAGAGAAGCUCAAAGAACAAGAUGAAUUAACGAUAAAGAUUGUGAAGAUUAUCCGUGAAAAGAAACUGGAUGACAGGAACAUUCUGGUAGAAAAGGGUCAAAAAGGUCAACUUCUAUCUUUUAUUGGUGACAAAAUGAAAACAUUGAUGCCCGGGCAGGACAAAACAUCUCGCUAG